AAAAAUUUGUAAUUUUUCCAUUGAGAUAGUGAGGUAUUUUUUAUUAGUCUUUUGUCAUGCUUAACUACAUUUGGUCUAGUGGAAACCAGUUGCCAGUUUCCAAAUGUUCUCUCUUAGUGUAAUUGCAUAGGAUGGGCUAAAUAUCCCAUGUAACAAGUUGCAACCAAACACGUGAAACGUUAGCUACUAGGGUCCCUCAGUAGCGAUCCAGUGUCCAGAGUGUUUCUUCAUAACUGUCUUAGUCUGUUUUUUGUUACUUAUAACAGGAUUACCUGAGCCUGGGUAAUUUAUUAAAAAAAAAAAACACUGUUUUUUUGUACUUCUGGAGACUGAGAAGCCCGAGGUCAAGGCUUAGCAUCUGGUAAGAGCCUCCUUGCUGGUGGGGACUCUGCAGAGUCCCUAGGUGGCACAGGGUAUCGAAUGGCCAGGGGCCCAGUGUUAAUUCAGGUCUCUUCCUCUUCUCAUAAGGACACUAGGCCUACUCCUGAGAUACCCCAUUUAUUCAUUAAGCCAUUAAUCUAUGAAUGGAUUAGUACAUUCCUGAGGUCCAAACCCUCAAGAUCCAAUCGAGUCUUAAAGCCCCACAUUUCAUUAUUGUCAUAUUGAGGAUGAAGUUUCAGCAUGAGUUUUGGAGAGCACAAGCAUUCUAACUGGUGCUGUGGCUAACAGGUAUUCUCUCUCUGCUGACCACGUAACAAACUUCCAAACUCUCAGAGGCGGAAUAGGAGUUAAGUUAAAAAAAAAAAAUUAUAUAUAUAUAUAUAUGUAUUUUUUCUUUUUUCUUUUUUACUUUUAUUAUAUUUUUUGAGACACGAUCUUACUCUAUUGCUUAGGCUGGAGUACAGUGGCAUGAUCACGGCUCACUGCAGCCCCAACCUCCUGGGCUUGGGUGAUCCUCUCACCUCAGCAUCCUGGGUAGCUGGGACUACAGGCAUGCACCACCACGUCUUGCUAUUUUUUUUUUGUAUUUUUUGUAGAGACAAGGUCUCACCAUGUUGCCCAGGCUGGUCUCGAACUCCUGGGCUUAAGUGAUCCGCCUGUCUUGGCCUCCCAAAGUGCUGGGAUUAUAGGCAUGAGCCACUGAGUCAGACCUAGUUUUAUUUUUUGUUGAGAGAAGGGCUCACUAUGUUACCCAUGCUGGUCCUAAACUCCUGUUCUUAAGUGAUCCUUCCACUUUGGCCCCCCAAAGUGGUGGGAUUGCAGGCCUGAGUCACCAUGCCUGGCCCCUAUAUUUUGCAUAAACAGUUUAGGCACACUUAGCCUCUGUUAUUAGUUACGUUAGUGGGACCCCUUCCUUAAUCCGGUGCCUAGACACCAUGAAAGGUCCAAGUUUGCAAAAGAGCGUUUGUCAGGAUAUGCAGUUUCAGGACUGGGAGUGGUAACUCGUCUACACAAUAGGUAGUUGUACUUUGUCAUGACAAGAACUACACAGACUGCUGUAGAAAUAGACAUCCGGGUGACACAGGCCAUAAGACUCACUCACUUAACUCACCAACAAGAGGCAGGUUCCUAUUGGACUGUUACUUUACCAAACACAUUCAACUAAAGCAUCACAAUGGCUUUGUGGGAAAAAGUGAGUGUAGACAGAAUAAGAGUGGGUUUACUAUGUCAUUGAAUAAAUGCUUGGAAACCACAGCAUCAUGCAAAGUUUAUGCAGUGAGUAUGGAUUCUCAGUGCUGUCCAUCUCAACCUUCCUCCUCUGCACAUGUGGGAUGUUUCAGGACUCAGUGGCCUUUGAAGAUGUGGCUGUGAACUUCACACAAGAGGAGUGGGCUUUGCUGGGUCCAUCACAGAAGAGUCUCUACAGAAAUGUCAUGCAGGAAACCAUUAGGAACCUGGACUGUAUAGAAAUGAAAUGCGAGGACCAGAACAUUGGAGAUCAGUGCCAAAAUCCCAGGAGAAAUCUAAGAAGUCAUACAUGUGAAAUUAAAGAUGACAGUCAAUAUGGAGAAACUUUUGGCCAGAUUCCAGAUAGUAUUGUGAACAAGAACACUCCUCGAGUAAAUCCAUGUGACAGCAGUGAGUGUGGAGAAGUCAUCUUGGGUCAUUCAUCUCUUAAUUGCAACAUCAGAGUUGACACUGGACACAAAUCAUGUGAGCAUCAGGAAUAUGGAGAGAAGCCAUAUACGCAUAAACAACGUGGGAAAGCCAUCAGUCAUCAGCACUCCUUUCAGACACAUGAAAGGCCCCCCGCCGGAAGGAAACCCUUCGAUUGUAAAGAAUGUGCAAAAACCUUUAGUUCUCUUGGAAACCUCCGAAGACACAUGGCGGCACACCAUGGAGAUGGACCUUAUAAAUGUAAGUUGUGUGGGAAAGCCUUUGUUUGGCCCAGUUUAUUUCAUUUGCACGAAAGAACUCACACUGGAGAGAAACCAUAUGAAUGUAAGCAGUGUUCUAAAGCCUUUCCUUUUUACAGUUCCUAUCUAAGACAUGAAAGAAUCCACACGGGAGAGAAGGCGUAUGAAUGUAAGCAGUGUUCCAAAGCCUUCCCUGAUUACAGUACCUAUCUAAGACAUGAAAGAACUCACACCGGAGAAAAACCCUAUAAAUGUACACAAUGUGGGAAAGCCUUCAGCUGUUACUAUUACACUCGACUACAUGAAAGGACUCACACGGGAGAACAACCCUAUGCGUGUAAGCAAUGUGGGAAAACGUUUUAUCAUCACACAAGCUUUCGAAGACACAUGAUAAGGCACACUGGAGAUGGACCACAUAAAUGUAAGAUAUGUGGGAAAGGCUUUGAUUGUCCUAGUUCAGUUCGAAAUCAUGAAACUACUCACACUGGAGAGAAACCCUAUGAAUGUAAGCAGUGUGGGAAAGUGUUAUCUCAUAGCUCGAGCUUUCGAAGUCACAUGAUAACACACACAGGAGAUGGACCCCAGAAAUGCAAGAUAUGUGGGAAAGCCUUUGGUUGUCCCAGUUUAUUUCAAAGACAUGAAAGGACUCACACUGGAGAGAAACCCUAUCAAUGUAAACAAUGUGGUAAAGCCUUCAGUCUUGCCGGUUCCCUUCGAAGACAUGAAACAACUCACACUGGAGUGAAACCCUAUAAAUGUAAAUGUGGGAAAGCCUUUAGUGAUCUCUCUUCCUUUCAAAAUCAUGAGACAACUCACACUGGAGAGAAGCCAUAUGAGUGUAAGGAAUGUGGGAAAGCAUUCAGUUGUUUCAAAUACCUUUCUCAACAUAAAAGGACCCACACAGUAGAAAAACCUUAUGAGUGUAAAACAUGUAGGAAAGCCUUCAGUCAUUUCAGUAACUUAAAAGUCCAUGAAAGGAUUCACUCUGGAGAGAAGCCGUAUGAAUGUAAGGAAUGUGGGAAAGCAUUCUCUUGGCUCACUUGCCUUCUACGACAUGAAAGAAUUCACACGGGAGAGAAGCCCUAUGAAUGUCUGCAAUGUGGUAAAGCCUUCACUCGUUCCCGUUUCCUUCGAGGACAUGAAAAAACUCACACUGGAGAGAAGCUGUAUGAAUGUAAGGAAUGUGGGAAAGCAUUGAGUUCUCUCCGUUCCUUGCAUAGACAUAAAAGGACUCACUGGAAAGAUACUCUCUAAAUGUAUGGAAUGUUGGAAAACAUUCAGUACUUUAAUUUCAGAAACUUGAAAGAACUCACUUGGGAGAUAGACCCUAUGAAUGUAAACAUGGGAUAAAGCCUUAAGUAGUUUCAAUUUUUUAAAUACAGUUAUCCCCCAAUAUAUUGCAGGGGAUUGGUUCCAGCACUCCCUAAAUCCACAGAUGCCAAGUCCUUUGUUAUAUGGCAUAUUUGCAUGUAACCUAUGCAUAUCCUCCAGUAUACUGUGUAAAUCAUCUCUAGAUGACUUUUAAUACCUCAUGCAUUGUAAAAGCUAUGUAAAUAGUUGUUUGAUUGUAUUGUUUAGAGAAUCAUGACAAGAAAAAUAGUCUCUACAUGUUCAAUGCAGACAUAAUCAUUGCAGGCCCACCUACAUAGUAUAUGUCACCCAGAACAUUAAAAUUUCUUUGUUUUAACAUUCA